AUGGCCAAGUUCAUCGGCUGGCUCUCCGCCGGUGCCGUGCUGGUCGACCUCCUCUCCUUUGCGCGCUUCGACUACGGCAUCCUCGCCGGCAAGCGGCGGCGGCGCUGGCCGCAGCUCGUCUACUUCGGCGCCAAGCUCAGCUGGCUGGCGUACUUCUUCCUCAACGUGACGCUGCUGUACGCCAAGACGGAGGUGCCCUGCCAGGGCAUGAUGUACGCCAUCGAGGCCUUCAUGGGCAUCAUUGCCGUGCUCUGCUCUUCGCUCCUUGCGGUGCGUACCGUCUGCGUGUACCAAGACACGGAGCGCAAGGUGGUGCAGGUCGUGCUGGGCGUUGCACUGGCGGGCAUGACGGCCACCUGGAUGGCCGGCGUCGCCGACGUCGGGGCCGCCUGGUCUACCGCCGCAGCUGCCCCGUACAACACCGGCGCCUGUGUCUUCACCCACGUGGAGACGCACUACAUGGCCAAGUACCUCGUCACCGUCUUUGUCGACGCCCUCGUCUUCGUCCUCACCCUCGUCGGCACGAUCCGCAUGGGCACCAGCCGCAUCGGCGAGAUCCUCGUCGGCCAGGGGUUAAUCUACUUUGUCCUCGUGCUCCUGCCCAACGUCGCCGUCGCCGUCCUCACCGGCCUGCGUCUCUCGCCGACCAUGUCUCUCAUCGGCGCCAUCCCGUCCAGCUCCAUCUCCGUCAUGGCAGCCACGCGCCUCUACGUCUACCUGGCGGAGGCCGCUGCCCCUCAGCCCAACGGCAUCUCGCUCUCCGAGCUCAGCGGCUCCGGAAACGUCGAGAAGUUUGGCAACUUCUUCCGUUCCAACCGUGGCGUCGGCACCACCAGCGAGAUGGGCUUCGGACGCGCAAGCACCGCACAUGCCUCUUCGGCGCCUGCAUACGCCGGCAACGUCGCAUCUCGCGGCAAUGCCAUCGACAGUCGUUCGCGCGCCUCGUCCAUCGGCAAGCUGCCGCUCAUGGGUCGGCUGAACAGCACCGACAAGGCGCAGUACGACGACGACGUCGAGCAGGGCCUCACGCCGCCGCUGCCCUCGCACCACCACACGCGCAGCAACGGCGUCGAGGUGCGCCAGACGCAGGAGGUCGAGGUGGAGCAGGCCGACCUCUUUGUGCCCACGCAGGCCUCGCGCGACUCUGCACACGUCUACCCGACGCUCUCGUACCGGCCUUGA